AAGAUUUUUCUUUGUGGUAUUUGUAUUUAUUAUUCAAUUUCUUGGAAGUUUCAUUAAGAAAGAAAGAAACGGUUGGCGUCAGUCAGGGAAACUACCGUGGCAGUUUCGUCCGUCUUUUAUAUUUGAAGGUAAACAAGUGUCGUCAUGUCAAUUCCCAAGAGCUUUCUUGCAGGUCGGCGAUGCUCCGCCCACAACUCUACCGAAACCCCGCCCACCUAUUCUCUAUAAUCUUGCUCUGAAUUCACCUCAACCAACCACUCGAGCAGGUAAAGGUGGGCUGAGCGUACUACCUGGAACCAACACAGGUGAACCGUUGUUUCCGGGAGCACAGCUGCCAUGGCUGAGUCUCAGCUAGUAUGCAUAGACGAUGAUCAUGUUAACGUGAAAAUACCGGAGUCCAAACCAGAGUUUUAUUACAGCGAGGAGCAGCGGGCCGCGCUCGAGCAGCUCUUGAAGAACGGGGAUGGCGCGUUUAAGAUGCGUCUCAAAGAGGAUAACGUUAAAGACUUUCUCUCCGCGAGGGAAAUCAAAUGGAUGCGGGACACGUUCCAUGAAUAUGACAGUGACUCGGACACCUGCUGCUCACGGUCGCCCCAUGAUACGAGUGAAGAUUCAGGUGUUCACUCUACCUACUGGCCGACCAUGUCUGAUACGGAGAUCCCUCCGCUGGACAUCGGUUGGCCUAGCAACGGCCAUUACAAAGGCGUAACUCGGGUGUCAGUUUACACCCACCCACCCAAAACUAACAGUCCGCAUAUUAAAGAGGUGGUCCGCAGACUCAUUCAAGAAUCUACAAAGUUGGUUGCAGUGGUCAUGGACCUGUUGACAGACCUGCAGAUCCUGCAGGAUCUCUUAGAUGCUGCGAGUAAGAGAGGGGUGGCUGUGUACUUGCUGCUGGAGGAGAACGGCUUGCCGCACUUCCUGGACAUGAGCAGCAGGCUUCAGAUUUCUACGCAGCAUCUGAGGAACCUGCGGGUGCGAACUGUGAGGGGCUCUGGCAUGCCGCUGUCCUUUGGUCGUCUGCCAGGAUCGCUGUGCUCAAAAUAUAUGUUGGUAGAUGGAGAGAAAGUGAUGUUUGGAUCCUAUAGCUUUACGUGGAGUUCCUCUAGGAUGAACCGGAACACAAUUUCUGUGAUGUCUGGACAAGUUGUUGACUUCUUCGACAACGACUUCAGAGAGCUGUAUGCCGUAUCUGAUACAGUGGACCUGUACCAUGAGUUUCACAUCAGCAAGCCGGCCCUGGCAGUUCCUGUGCUGAAAACACCCGCGGAACCCAAAAAACUCACAGUUCCCGUAUCCACGUCGCGCUUCCAGAUCUCUGUAGAGGACAACAAACAGGCGAACCUAAAGGUGCCUGCACAUAAAUACCACAACCCUAAGUACUCUUUAGUCGUUGGCAACAGUCUAGGUGUAACAGGCUCCCUGCAGGAUCUUUCUAAGCUGAGGGACUAUGUUGACCAUGCCUCUGUGAAUAACAUGGAAAAAUUAAUCUACACUAAUGGGGACAGUGUACGUCCACAAUCACCUACAUCCCCAGAUGGGACAGAGGACGGUAAGGGUGAUGGGAAGAAGUCCUCGCUGUUUGGUUCUAAAAAGCAGCGCUCUUCCUUCCGCAAUUUCUUGAAAGGCAGAGCAAACAACCAGACUACAGAUGCUCUCUCUAAAACAACCCAUCAAAAUACAGAAACAAAGCAGAUCAAUCAUAAAGACACCAAGCUUACCAACAAUUCCAAGGAAGCAUCUUGGUUGGCCAGUCAUAUUAAGGAGCAAGAAGAUGCAUCCAAAAACAUUUCUCCCACUACUCGCAAGAUCUCAGAGACUGAAAGCACUGAUGAAAUUGAGGACACCUUUGAGAUCAUAAACCCACCACAGGUGAAGUUUAAACUCAAAAAGAACAAAAUGGGUCCAAGGAGUGUUUCUCUUCAGACUAUUGCCACAGAUGGCGAGGAUGGCCUGAGAGGGCGGAGGCGUACCCAGAAGAAGGCCUGUAUUCAGUCCUGAGAUAUCCCUGUUAGAGGAAUCAAGAACUUGUGCUUACAAAUCAGGACCUUGGAUUCUAGGACAGGUUUCAAUGAGAAUAUACUAAUGUAUAUGCUUUAAAAAAAAAAAAAAAAAAAAAAAAAAAUUGCUUCAUUAUGUUCAGUUUGGACAAGAUGUGUGUAGUGAUUCUCCCUACAAUUAUAUUGAUUCAGCUGUUAGCUGAAAAUGUAAGUAUUGGUGCUGUAUUUUUAGAAGGAUGUGAGGUUGUUUGAACAGCUUCCAAAAUGCUGCUGACACUGCAAGGAGUUGGAGUCAGGAAAAAAUGACUGAAAGGACUCAGACAAAUGUGUGCAGCCUGGGAUCAUGUGACCUGCCGGUUACAGAGCUCAUAGUUGGACUGCAGAGAGCUUUGAAUUGAAGUGUCUAAAAAUGUAGAAUGUUACAAUUUUCCUGUUCAGCAGAUCUCUGCCCUACAUUAUCCCUGUUCCAAUCCGUUCUACUUACCCAGUCCUUGAGCCUGUGGCUCCCUCAGAGUCAUAGAGGAAGGAGGGAAAAGGUCCAUAGCAAAGCUGACAGAUGCCUGAUGAAAACAUGCCUGAUCAGAUACCAUUAAAGGUGCGGUCACAUUUACUGUUUGUUGCUCAGCAAAAUUUCACAGGCAAAAUCCAGUCUAAAUAGCAAUCUGUAUGUUUGGAAGUGUUUCACGAGGGGGAAAAACUGGACCUUCUUUUUUUUUUUUUUUUUUCAAAAUUUUGCUAAUGUGACCACGUUCUGUGUGAAACUAAGCCUCUUGGAAACAAAUAGAAAAUGACGCAAAAGAUUUUUCGAUCAUGAGUGCCAAUAAAUAAAUGGCUGUGGCCUUAAAUAAA